AUACAAAGAUUUUCUAAAAAAAAAAAGGAAAGAAUGGAAUGAUAAUUUCCAAAAAUAUUUGACAGACAAAGAAAAUGAACAAAAAGAUCCAAAAAAGAUUACUGACACCAAAGUGUAUAGUCAUCCAAACCAUUAUUUAAUAUCUGCUUGUGCUAACAAUUCAUGUAAUGGAAAAGAAUUUAUAGGAAUAUUAAGUAAUAAAAAGGAGUAUGGGGAAUAUGAAAAAGUGUGUAAAUGCGAUGCAACGUCAUCAAAAAAAGAAGAAGAAGCAAACCCAUGUAGUGAUAGUUAUACAGAGUAUGGUUGUACUGAAAAAAAAUAUGAUUUAGGUUUAUGGAGUAGUACAUAUGUGACGAACCCCCGAGAUCAUGGUAGAGUUUUUGCUCCACCUCGCCGAAACAGUAUAUGUAUCGGUUGGCUGUUCUCUCCACUAGAUACGAGUGGUGGUAAAGAUAUUGCCAAAAAUGAAUUGAGAAAAAAAGUUAUUGAUGCCGCAAUAGGGGAAGCACAUUAUUUGUUUAAAUAUUAUAAUGAAAUAAAACAAAUUAAAACUGGGAGUAGUGACAACACAACAGCACCUACUGGAUAUUGUGAUGCAUUAAAACGUUCGUUCGCAGAUAUUGGUGAUAUAGUUAAAGGCACAGAUCUGUGGUCUGGAGGGUAUUCUGAGCUCGUCGAAAACAAUAUUUAUGCAGUAUUUCAAUUAGAUAAUGAUGGCAAAAAUGGUACAUUAGUUAAAACAAAAGAAGAAUUACUAGAAGAAAGAAAAUCGUGGUGGGAUACUAUCCGUGCAGACGUAUGGAAAGCAAUGAAUUGCAAAGACAACAACAAAUGUGAUGACACCACUAUACCUGAUGAUGACAAGAAACCACAGUUUUUACGAUGGCUAGAAGAAUGGGGACAAUAUAUAUGCGAAGAAAGGAAAAAACAUUUGGAUGACUUAAAAAAUAAGUGUAAUGGCAACAGCAACAAUAUUACUGACGUUAAAUGCGCCAAUUCCACAAAAGAAUGUAAACAACAAUGUAAUAAGUAUAAUAGAUGGAUAAAUGUAUAUAAAAGGGAAUGGACAGGCCAAAAAUCAAAAUACAAAGAAAUAUAUGAUAAUAAAGACAAAACAGGAUAUGAAGAUUAUAAGGAACAUGUAAAGGAUCAUGACAAUACAAAUAAAUAUAUAGAAAAAUCGAGUAAUAAAUGCAAAAACAGUGGUAGCAACCAUAUAAAUUUAGAUGAUGUUUUCCAAAAACGUGAUAAUGAUUAUAAAAAAUACGAACCGUUCUGCACAACGUGUCGAAUCAACGAUAUAGCUCAAAAGGCAAAUGAAAAAAACAAACAACAAAAACCUGCUGUUGUACCAAGUAGUGGUGGUGGCGGCGGUGGUACUACACCAAAAAAUGGUGCCAACCAAGUGGAUUCCACUAAGACCGCGUCCACUACAACACCAAAUUGUGACGACAACACACGUGGUGGGUGCACGAAAUAUAUAGAAGCUGACGACUAUACUAAAAUUAAGGGACAACAAAAUUGCGAAGGAUUAAAAAAAGCAGCAGACGAGGGGAAAAUUAAAUGGGACAACAGUGAUGGAGGACUUAGCUAUUUGAAGAAAGGUGCCUUUUCAAAUGACCUUAUAUCUCCAAAUGUAUAUCUUCCUCCAAGGAAACAAAAAUUAUGUUUUAGAGGAUUAGAUGGAAAAUAUGAUGGCAAAGAUAAUGGUGUUAAUACUGAAGAUAAAUUGAAAGAACAAUUAAUGAAAGUUGCUGAAUUUGAAGGGAUCAAUUUAGGAGAAUAUUAUAAAGAAAAAAAUAAACAAGGACAAAAUAAUGAUAAAUAUAAUUAUGAUGUUAGUCCAUGUAAUGCUUUAAAAUACAGUUUUCUUGAUUUGAGAGAUUUAAUUUUGGGAUACGAUAUGGUAGAACAUGAUGCUACUGGAACAGGAAACAAAAU